CGAGAGGAGGGCUGCAGAGGCGGCGGGAGCGCCUGGUGCCGGGCCGGGGGAGCCGCGGGCUCUCGGGAAGACGCGGAUGAUGAACAAGCUGUACAUCGGGAACCUGAGCCCCGCCGUCACCGCCGACGACCUCCGGCAACUCUUCGGGGACAGGAAGCUGCCCCUGGCGGGACAGGUCCUGCUCAAGUCCGGCUACGCCUUCGUGGACUACCCCGACCAGAACUGGGCCAUCCGCGCCAUCGAGACCCUCUCGGGUAAAGUGGAAUUGCAUGGGAAAAUCAUGGAAGUGGAUUACUCGGUCUCUAAAAAGCUAAGAAGCAGAAAAAUUCAGAUCCGGAACAUCCCGCCUCACCUGCAGUGGGAGGUAUUGGAUGGACUGUUGGCUGAAUGUGGGACAGUGGAAAAUGUGGAACAAGUCAAUACAGAUACAGAAACUGCUGUUGUCAACGUCACCUAUUCAACAAGAGAAGAAGCGAAGAUAGCCAUUGAGAAGCUAAGUGGGCAUCAGUUUGAGAACUACUCUUUCAAGAUUUCCUAUAUCCCUGACGAAGAGGUGAACUCCCCUUCACCUCCUCAUCGAGCCCAGCAUGGGGACCACUCUUCCCGGGAACAAGGCCACAGCACUGGGAGCUCUUCUCAGGCCAGACAGAUUGACUUCCCUCUGCGCAUCCUGGUCCCCACCCAGUUUGUUGGUGCCAUCAUUGGAAAGGAAGGCUUGACCAUAAAGAACAUCACUAAACAGACCCAGUCCCGGGUAGACAUCCACAGAAAGGAGAACUCUGGGGCUGCAGAGAAGCCUGUCACCAUCCAUGCCACCCCAGAAGGGACAUCUGAAGCAUGCCGCAUGAUUCUUGAAAUUAUGCAGAAAGAGGCUGAAGAGACCAAACUGGCUGAGGAGGUUCCUCUGAAAAUCUUGGCCCACAAUGGCUUGGUUGGAAGACUGAUUGGCAAAGAAGGCAGAAAUCUGAAGAAAAUUGAGCAUGAGACAGGGACCAAGAUAACCAUCUCAUCCUUGCAGGAUUUGAGCAUAUAUAACCCUGAGAGAACCAUCACAGUGAAGGGUACCAUUGACGCUUGUGCCAAUGCUGAGAUAGAGAUCAUGAAGAAGCUUCGAGAAGCCUUUGAAAAUGAUAUGCUGGCCGUUAAUCAACAAGCCAAUCUAAUCCCAGGGUUGAACCUCAGUGCACUUGGCAUCUUUUCAACAGGACUGUCCGUGCUUCCUCCACCAGCAGGGCCCCGUGGAGUCCCCCCCAGUGCCCCCUACCACCCCUUCGCUACCCACUCCGGAUACUUCCCCAGUAUGUACCCUCAUCACCAUUUCGGCCCAUUCCCGCAUCAUCACUCCUACCCAGAGCAGGAGACUGUGAAUCUUUUCAUCCCAACCCAGGCUGUGGGUGCUAUCAUCGGGAAAAAGGGAAUGCACAUCAAACAGCUGGCUCGAUUUGCUGGUGCUUCCAUCAAGAUAGCUCCAGCAGAAGGUCCAGAUGUCAGUGAAAGGAUGGUCAUCAUCACCGGGCCACCUGAAGCCCAGUUCAAGGCUCAGGGACGGAUCUUUGGGAAGCUGAAAGAAGAAAACUUUUUUAAUCCCAAAGAAGAGGUGAAGCUGGAAGCCCACAUCCGGGUUCCCUCGUCGACAGCUGGCCGGGUGAUUGGCAAAGGGGGGAAAACGGUAAAUGAGUUGCAGAACUUGACAAGCGCAGAAGUUAUCGUGCCUCGUGACCAAACGCCAGAUGAAAAUGCCGAAGUGAUCGUCAGAAUUAUCGGACAUUUUUUUGCUAGCCAGACCGCACAGCGCAAGAUCAGGGAAAUUGUACAACAGGUGAAGCUGCAGGAGCAGAAAUACCCUCAGGGAGGGGCCGCACAGCGCAGCAAGUGAGGCCCCCACAGGCGCCAGCAAACAGAUGAAUGUAGCCUUCCCAACACGUGACAGAUGAGACCAAACAGCCAGCAGAUCGGGAGCAAACCAAAGACCAUCCUGAGGAGUGAGAAGUCUGCAGAGCAGCCAGGGUCUGCAGACCCCUGCACCUCCUGGGGUCCAGAAGGGCAGAGGGAGGGCCGGGUUCCCCAGAAACAGCACUUGGCCUGCGCCCAGCUUCCCCUGGCUUCUGCAGGCUCAUAGCCAUCCACUGCCCAUCCACUCCGCUCCCUCCUCAGCUCCCAUGGCGCUAUCCCUUUGAGUUGAACUAACAGGUGAACGUGCUGAA